AUGUCUGCCUCAGUUGUUCCCACCUUUUCCUCGAACGCUAACAGUGCUAAUGGGAUUGAGUCCGAAGCUCAUCCGACACCAGCUGAGUCCCUUUCGUCAAGGCGCUUUAGUUUAAGUCAUACAAAUGGUUCGAACUCAGGGACGGAGACUAUGCUGAAUGGUGCUACUAUUAUCCCAUUGGACACAUCAUCGGGCCUUAGCCAUGACGCUGCCGACAAUCAUAAUAGGGCUGAGGCACCUCAGAACCGGAAAGAUAGUGUUACCCAACUGCUCGAUUCAUGGGCUACCAAACUCGGUGGUUCGUCCCAAGGAGAUCCACAGAUGCUACUCAAGAAUCUCACCGGCAUCUUGGACGAAAUUACGCAAAGAUUUGAGAAGCUUGAGGGUGCCAAACCCUCGGAUCCAGCCUCUCCAAGGCCUUCUACCCCGGAGUCUGAGCCGGAAUCGACAUAUGAUCCCUUUACUCAUGAGAAAGCUAAGGAAACGCAAGAGAUCGAGACGAUAGUAAAAUUCUUUUGUGACUCUGUCCCGUCAGAAUUCAAAGAGUGGAAGAGUCCCUCGAAACACCUUAUCGGAGUUCUGUACAAACGGGCUGAUGACUGGGUGGAAGAGUCUCGUGAUCCUAACUCCCCAGCUCCUUUCGGCCCACUGCCAGGCAAGGUCGUCAUUGUGGAAGUGCGGAUUGAGUCCAAACCAGUCGCAGAAUUCCUCAGUAAGACGACUAAGACUAGCUUGACCAAGGAUGGACAUAUACUUUUCAGCCAGCCUUUUCGUCUGCUAAUCCGCCAAAGUCACAACAUCACGGAACGCCUUGCGGAACUUGAAAGGGAAGUCAGCAAUUCUUCUCAAGCCGGCGGUGACUUGGAGGAUGCUGAGACUCUCAGCAAGUCCCAAAGUGUUGAUUCUGUGCUUUUGCCCAACAACGAACCCCCUGCUGCAGGUUCUAUGGACGUGACUCCCAGUCUGAAGGGCGAAGAUGAUGACACGCCGCCGGAAGAUCUCAACAAGGCCCUCGCUCACUUCAGUCAGCUCCAUCAGUUUAUUAGCUCAUACUUUGCGGAACAACUUGCGAUGAUCGAAAGUCUCAAAGGGGCGACCCAGACCCACAUAUCCUUUGAACAUCUUUGGAUGCUGUUCGAUUCUGGCACUGAUGUGUAUUGUCGAAGCCGGAAGGGAGGCCAUAAGCUCCGUGGCUUGAGCGAUGAUCUUCCCAGUGUGUUCACCGAAAGACUUUGGGCUCCCCAGGCUUUUCGUGUUGUGAGCACAGUUGGUGGAGGGCGUUCGCAGAGUGUGCCACAUAUGCGGCUGGCCACCAGAUUCGGCAAGGGGACUGUUUCAACGCGCCCACGAGAUUGUUUUAGUGAUCUGUCUCUACAAUGUUAUUAUAUCGAGUACACAGGAACAGAGUGGCAACCCGUCCUGGACCAUAUCGUCCUGAAGCCCUAUGAUGGAACCAUGGAGAUUACUGAUUUGGAAGUCUAUCCUAUCCACUAUCGACCGCAAAUGAAAGACCCGUAUCUGGAUCUGCAUGACCGAGGAAAGAGGUAUGUGAACCUUACAAGACUCAGCCAUCUACGCUACGAGGGGUCUACGGCGGGUGACAACAGCGAGGAGAUCUCGAGUCCUGUUAUCAUCGAUAUGAAGACUUCCUCUACCGAGCAAGACCAUGAAAGGCUUCCAUCCAGGAACAGACUUUCACGUGCUGAUUUAGCCGAUGAGAUGGGUCGCACUCCAGGCUAUGAGGUCUCUGGCCAUUCUUGUAGUCUCGGAUGCUGCCCAGGAGGAAAAUGUGAGUAUCUGACGCAGCAAGGCGUGUUGCUCAACGAGUAUCUGGAUCAUCUCUCGAAAGUGCUCGAGGAACUGGAUAAUAACACAAAAUCAAUCCGAGCCAAUCCGGACAGUUAUCUGGAUGUUCUCAGUCAGAACGACUUACAUCAUCUCCUCCCUGGCGUUGUCGUGGGAUAUUCAUUGCGAAACAGAAGAUGGGUGGCCCUUAGAUUGGAUCUUCUGCAAGAAAUCCACUAUAAUGCAUUAGAUGGAGGUUGGACGACCUUGUCUUGCCUGGCGAUCAUAAAAGGCUGGUGCGAGCAAUGGUCGAAAAAUUUGCGGACAAAGACAAGGGUGCCCAUCGAGGACAAGGGGAAAGGUUCGAAGCUGAUCUUGUGCGUGGUAAAGGCAAAGGUUGCAUCAUACUGCUCCAUGGCGUACCUGGAGUUGGAAAAACAAGCACAGCUGUGUGUGGCUGCUUAUACGAGAAGGCCACUACUGCCAAUAACGUGUGGUGACAUUGGGUACACCCCUGCCGAUGUAGAGCGAUUUCUUGAUAACAUCUUUACACUCGCACAUAAAUGGGGAUGUGUGCUGCUACUGGACGAGGCAGAUGUCUUUUUGGCCAAGCGUCUCAAGCACGAUGUGAAGCACAAUGGCUUGGUUUCAGUUUUCCUACGUGUUUUGGAGUAUUACUCCGGCAUUUUAUUCCUGACGACCAAUCGAGUAGGGACCAUCGAUGAUGCAUUCCGCUCAAGGAUCCAUCUAACACUAUUUUAUCCUCAACUUAACCGGCCCCAGACCAUACAGGUCUGGGAAUCAAAUAUAAGACGGGUGGAAGAGUACAACAAAUACCGGAAAGAGCACCACCUACCGAUCAUGAAGUACGACAAAGAGGAGCUCCUUGACUUUGCCGGAAGGCGCUUUGAUGCAGAGCUGCGUUGGAAUGGUAGACAGAUUCGCAAUGCAUUCCAAACUGCGAUUGCGCUCGCCGAGUACCAGGCGAAAGAAAAAGCGGACAAGAAGGGCGGCCAACAUAUCGCUCCUCGCCUCGACCUCACCCAGUUUAGAACCAUUGCGAAGGCCACGAAAGCUUUCGACGAGUACUUGUCUACGCUCUAUGGACACGACGAAGACGUGAUGGCUGAACGAGAAAAGCACAGGGUCAACCCGAAGAGAAUGGCCAAGAAGUCGCACACUGCAGUCGUCAGCGAAGAGCCGACAUCAUCUGAGUCAGCUGCUUCAAGCGAGGAGAGCGAAGAACCAAGUGAAAGUGAAGCCGAACCGAAAUCGAAAGGAAAGGGAAAGAAGCGGCCCGUAGCGAAGAAAGAGUCACCAGCAAAGAAGAAGCAAUCCACCGCGGACACCAAGAAGGAUAAAUCUGGGGCUAAGGGCAAGAAGAGGCGCCAUGAAUCAGGCAAGAAGGCUAAAUCGAAACAGCAGGAAGACGACGAGGAAAAUAGUGAGGGAUCGGACCAGCAGGCUAGUUCAGAUGGUGAUCACACGUAG